AUGGCGCGCGGCCCGCGUUCUGCCGUCCAAGCCGGCCUCGCCACGGCCCUCGCUGCCGCCGUCGCACUCGCGCUCCUCACCGCCGCCAGCGCCGCGUUCUUAGGCGACGCGAUGGUGGAUUUCCGCGGCGUGGGGAACGUCGGGCUGGCCUACACGAGCGCGAAUUUUAACGACGCGGUGUGCGCAAGCGUGGAUGGCGCAAUGAACCCCGCCUUCUUCAACUUCAGCACCGUGGAAGGCGCCGUCCACUUCGGCGUGUAUCCCGGCGCCCCCGCGUGCGGCAGCGUCUCCUUCCAUUCCACGCGGGGAUGCGCGGGAGCUCCUAGCGCCACGUACCUGCGCGCUCCGGCGACGACCAUGCGGCUUUUUGUCGCCGAGAUGCCAGCGUCAGUCAGAUGCGAGACGGGCUGCGAUGGGGACUGUGGGACAGCAGCUAGGUGCAUUGUGAGGGACGGCCAGGACCAGUGUGUGUGCCCUGGGUCGCAGGUCUACGAUGCCAAUGACGGGCAGUGCCGUGCGGCUUGA